UAUAACUUCUCCAGUUGUUCUUUUCUUAAUUUCAAAGGCCAAGAAUCAGCUAACGAGCCUCCAAUUCACAGUGUAAAUGUUCUUUACAGUUUUGUCCUCACUUCGCCGACUUAUGUCAGCUUCUUCCAAAUUUUAGUAUAAAUCAGGAACGCCGGUGUUUGAUAUUAUCAUCAUCUUUUACUCCAGCAUUUGAGAUAUUUUUCUCUCUGAAAUUGAGAUGGAGAAUUCUCAAACAGAAAGCAACAGAGAAAACAAUGGAGGGUUUUCUAGUCCAGUGGAUUCGGAGCACAAGGCCACUAAACUGAGAAUACAAUCAGUGGCAGCACCUCACAUGAGAGCCUUUCACUUAUCCUGGAUAUCUUUCUUCGCUUGUUUUGUAUCCACCUUCGCUGCUCCACCUCUUAUUCCUCUGAUUCGCGACAACCUCGACUUGACCUCAACCGACAUAGGGAACGCGGGGGUGGCUGCAGUGUCUGGAGCUGUGUUUGCGAGGAUUGUGAUGGGGACAUUAUGCGACUUGUUUGGGCCUCGUGUCGCCUCUGCAGCGCUUAUGCUCCUUACAACACCAGCAGUUUACUGCAGUGCACUAGCCAAUUCUCCAGCCUCGUUUCUCCUUGUGCGCUUUUUCACUGGCUUCUCGCUUUCCACUUUCGUGUCAACUCAAUACUGGAUGAGCUCCAUGUUCUCUGCUCCUGUUGUUGGCACCGCGAAUGGCGUGGCUGCAGGCUGGGGAAACCUUGGGGGCGGUGCCACUCAGCUCAUCAUGCCAUAUGUGUUCACCCUUAUUCAUCAUAUUGGUGCAACAAAAUUCACAGCAUGGAGAAUUGCUUUUUUCGUUCCAGCUGUGUUCCAGACCUUGUCCGCGUAUUCAGUGUUUUUCUUAGGCCAAGACUUGCCUGAUGGGGACUUCGCAAAACUUCAGAAAUCUGGAGAUAAGCACAAAGAUAAAUUCUCCCAGGUGUUCUACCAGGCAAUCACAAAUUACAGAGGGUGGAUCUUAGCCCUGACUUAUGGCUACUGUUUCGGGGUUGAGCUAACUGUGGACAACAUCAUUGCACAAUAUUUUUAUGACAGGUUCCAUGUGAAUCUUCACACCGCAGGAAUUAUUGCAGCAAGCUUCGGGUUAGCAAACUUAUUUUCAAGACCAUUAGGAGGCUAUGUUUCAGAUGUUAUGGCAACCAGAUACGGAAUGAGAGGUAGGCUAUGGACACUCUUUCUGGUACAAAUCUUAGGAGGCUGCUUAUGCGUUCUCUUGGGGAGAUUAGGAUCUUUAAGUACAUCUGUUACCGUGAUGCUUGUGUUCUCUGUAUUUGUUCAAGCUUCAUGUGGUCUCACAUAUGGAGUGGUUCCAUUUGUUUCAAGAAGGUCACUGGGAGUGAUAUCAGGGCUGAUCGGAGGAGGUGGAAAUGUAGGCGCGGUUCUGACACAAGUAGUCUUCUUCAGAGGAUCGCGAUUCAAAACCGAGACAGGCAUAACUCUGAUGGGAGUUACCAUAAUCUGUUGCACUCUCCCUAUGAUGUUCAUAUACUUUCCACAAUGGGGAGGUCUGUUCUGGGGUCCAUCAUCCAAAGGCAUAACAGAAGAGAACUACUACAUGUCUGAAUGGUCUAAAGAGGAACAAGAGCAAGGCUUCCACAAAGCAAGCCUGAAAUUCGCAAAUAAUAGCAAAGGUGAAAGAGGUAAAAGAGUGGCUUCUGCUCCCACACCUCUAGAAGGAACUCCAGAAUCAUAUGGGCAUGUUUAGUUUGUGAAAUUAUAGUUAAAUAAAAUGUCGUGUUAUAAUAUGACCUCUUGAAGCUUUCUUGUUUUGUGAAUAUUCUAGUGAAGAAGUUUAGUUGGGAAACUUUGAGUAGAAGAUGCGAGAGGAACGUGAUCCUUUGUUCCAUCUGUUAGCCAUGACGUUUUCAUUUGUCGGUUUGUAUGCAGUUAUGCACUAUCUUUUGCAA